AUGAGCAGAAUUGACGUUGAAAAGAUGGCCGUUGACAAAAUUGAGACGUUGAUCUCGCAAAUGACCUUGGCUGAAAAGGUCAGCCUUCUAUCUGGAGCUGGCGCGUGCAAGACUAGCUCGUUAGAUCGGUUAGGCAUACCUACCAUUCAUACCUCGGAUGGUCCACAUGGACUGCGCGGUGGUGGCGGCGCUUUUUUCAAUCCUCCACUCGGCUAUCAACUACCCGCCGCGGUUGCAAUGGGUGCCACCUUUGAUGUGGAUUUGCUGCAUUGUAUAGGGAACCUUCUUGGGGAUGAAGGGCGGCGAAAGGGCGUCCAUGUCGCCUUAGCUCCCACCGUGUGCCUUCAGCGCUCUCCACUGUUAGGACGCGGCUUCGAAGCUUUUGGUGAGGACCCCGAGCUCAGUGGCUCACUCGCCGCCCCUUACGUGAAUGGGCUCCAAGAGCGGAAAGUGGCCUCAUGCAUCAAGCACUAUGCUGCACAUGAUCAGAGUUUUCGAGCCGCUGAAGAUGAUCUGAUUAUGACGGAGCGGACCCUACGUGAGGUGCAUCUAUACCCGUUUCAAGUUGCCAUGGCCAAGUCCAAGCCUUGGGCCCUCAUGUCCGCUUACCAAAGUAUUAAUGGUACGCACGUUAGCGAGGACCCCUUCAUGCUUGACCAGGUCCUACGAAAGGAAUGGGGAUUCGAAGGAUUGGUGAUGAGUGACUGGUGGGGGACAUAUAGCACCUCGGAGGCCACCAACGCGGGAUUGGACCUAGAGAUGCCUGGUCCAUCGAUCUGGAGGGGAAAGCAACUGACCCAGGCGGUCGCGGUCCGCAAGGUCCAUGAAGAUACUAUCAAUGCCUCGGUGCGUAGGCUAUUGCAUCUUAUCAACAAGACACGCGACCCAGGACCACCCAGCCCCGAAGGCAAUGGUGAUACAAAUGAAAGUCGUGCGCUUAUCCGGAAGGUUGCUGCAGACGCAAUUGUCUUGCUCAAAAACGAAAAAAAUGUGUUACCCCUAGACAAGACCAAGAAGUUGAAGUAUGGUCUGAUUGGGGAGUACUUUGAGAAUCCUGCCACGGGAGGUGGCGGUAGCUCCGAGACUGUUCCAUUCUAUGUCAACACCCCUCUUGAUGCUUUCAUUGAAGCUGUUGGCAAUGAGAAUGUCACAUAUGAGCCUGGUGUCUAUACUCGAAAAUGGAUACCUUUAAUCCGGUCGGGCUUGACCAUACCCAACUCGAAUGAGCCGGGCCUAAUGCUUGAGUGGUUCUCCGAGGAUCCUUCCGAAGUCAAAGAUACAGAACUUCUCCAAUCGACCACAACAACCAGUACCUCGAUGUAUUUCAGUCAGAUCGCCUGGGACAAAGUGCCGGCACGUCACUUCAUUCGAUGCACAACAACCUUUACUGCUCCCAAAUCGUGUAAAUAUCGAUUUGCACUUAGUGUCUGUGGCAAGGCACGACUAUUUAUCAACGGAAUAGAGCGAAUUGACCUCUGGAGUACUCAACCACUCAAAACAGGCGAUACUCCUUGCUUCAACAAGCUAUGCAUGGAAAUGGUUUACGACCUCGACAUAGAGCAAGGUCGGGAAUAUGCACUUGAGGUCAUCAUGACCAACGAGCUCUUGGAACCGGUAGUCGGACCUCCCGCACAAGGCGGUUUCCGAAUCGGUGGCCAAGAACUUCGUGAUCAAGACGUGGCCAUCGACGCCGCAGUGGACCUAGCAAAGAUUGUGGAUGUACCGAUAGUAAUUGUGGGCUUGAACGCCGACUACGAGUCCGAGGCCGCCGAUCGCAAGGAUCUUCUGCUACCAGGUCGGCAGAACGAGUUGGUCCAACGAGUUACCGAGGUCAACCCAAACACCAUCGUUAUUACCCAAAGUGGGUUGCCGAUACAGAUGCCAUGGAUCAAGUCUGCCAGUACUCUUUUGCAUGCUUGGUAUCUUGGUCAAGAAACAGGUCAUGGUGUUAUUGACGUUCUCUUUGGUGAUGUCAACCCAUCGGGGCGGCUGUCUAUGACGUUCCCAAAACAGCUCGAGGACACUCCAGCUUUCCUUAGCUGGGGCAAGUCAGACCGCCACAUUAUCUAUGGUGAGGGUGUUUUUAUCGGAUAUCGCUAUUAUGAAAAGGUGAAGCGUGACCCGCUCUUCUAUUUCGGAUUCGGCCAGUCCUUCACAAGCUUUGCAUACUCAAACCUGGUCAUCAGUGACACGUUCGUGCCAGAGGAACAUUAUGUCUUGGAAGUCUCCGUGGAUAUCGAAAAUACAGGUAAUUAUGACGGAUCAGAAGUCAUCCAGGUAUAUGUCGCCGACUUGGAGUCUUCAGUCCUGAGACCCAUCAAGGAGCUCAAAGCCUUUAAGAAAAUUCUCAUCAAAAAGGGUGAGAAGCAAACGUGCCGCAUCUCGCUGGACAAGUAUUCUCUCUCUUUCUGGAGCGAGGAGUACUCUCAGUGGCUUGCUGAGGCCGGAGACUUUGCAGUAAUUAUCUCUAGAAGCGCCGAUCCGAAGGACGAGAUUACGCGGGCCAUUUUCAAUCUCCCAUCGACCUUUAGAUGGUCAGGCUUAUAA